CUGUAACCCAUUGAUGGUGACUAGCUUGGAGAAGUAUCCGGACUUCCUCAGUCCAGUGUGUAAUCAGACUCUUUAGCUCCUUUUCUUCCUUUCUUUCACGUUUUAUCCCGAUUCUUUUUUUUUUUUUUGGAUUAAGCAGCAACCAGCCCUCUUCCCUGUGUCUUUGAGAAACAGGUGACGCUGGUUACCAGCGGGUAGUUUUUGGAUGCCCUCUCCUCUCCGGCUUUGAAGGAUGAUAGUCCCGGGCGAGCCUGCAUGACUUUCCUUUGCAAAAAGGGGGGAAAAAAACUUUGCGUGUGUGGAAGACGUUUAACAACUCGCGUAGCAUUUCAGAGCAGAAGAAGUGGGUUUUAAAGCGGAACUUUGCCACUGUCUGGGGAUUGGUGUGUGUGCUAAUUUCGAAGGCUGCUGCUGCUGCUGCUGUUUUCCCCCCUCCCCAAGAAACUGUCGUCAGUUGGAAUAGACUUCUUAAAUGUUUGGGAUUCAAGACACUUUAGGAAGAGGACCGAUUCUGAAAGAUAAAUCUCUAGCCUCUGAAAUGGAUUCCGUCAGGUCCUGGGUCAGAAACGUUGGGGUUGUGGAUGCAAACGUAGCGGCGCAAAGCGGAGUAGCUUUGUCCAGAGCCCACUUUGAAAAGCAACCACCUUCCAACUUGAGGAAAUCCAAUUUCUUUCAUUUUGUCCUGGCUCUCUACGACAGGCAGGGGCAGCCGGUGGAAAUAGAGAGGACAGCUUUUGUGGACUUCGUAGAAAAUGAUAAAGAGCAGGGCAAUGAAAAGACCAACAACGGCACACACUACAAACUUCAGCUCCUGUACAGCAAUGGUGUCAGAACUGAACAAGAUCUGUUUGUCAGGCUCAUCGAUUCAGUUACUAAACAGCCCAUCACUUAUGAAGGACAGAACAAGAAUCCAGAAAUGUGCAGAGUUCUGCUUACUCACGAAGUCAUGUGCAGCCGAUGCUGCGAAAAGAAAAGUUGUGGCAACAGAAACGAGACUCCCUCGGAUCCUGUGAUCAUUGACAGAUUCUUCUUGAAAUUUUUCCUCAAGUGCAAUCAGAAUUGUUUGAAAACAGCAGGGAACCCCAGAGACAUGAGACGCUUUCAGGUUGUGUUAUCAACAACAGUGAAUGUUGAUGGGCAUGUCUUGGCAGUGUCUGACAACAUGUUUGUUCAUAACAACUCUAAACAUGGACGGAGAGCAAGGAGACUUGACCCCUCAGAAGCCACACCAUGCAUCAAAGCUAUUAGCCCAAGUGAAGGCUGGACUACAGGGGGAGCGAUGGUGAUCAUUAUAGGAGACAAUUUCUUCGAUGGGCUACAAGUUGUAUUUGGGACCAUGCUUGUAUGGAGUGAGCUGAUCACACCUCAUGCCAUUCGAGUCCAGACACCCCCUCGUCACAUUCCUGGUGUAGUUGAAGUCACACUCUCGUAUAAAUCCAAACAGUUCUGCAAAGGAGCCCCGGGCAGGUUUAUUUACACUGCUUUAAAUGAACCCACUAUAGAUUAUGGUUUCCAGAGACUGCAGAAGGUCAUCCCAAGGCACCCUGGUGACCCCGAGAGACUAGCCAAGGAGAUGCUGUUGAAAAGAGCAGCUGACCUCGUGGAAGCACUGUAUGGAACGCCACAUAAUAACCAGGAUAUUAUUCUGAAGCGAGCUGCAGACAUAGCAGAAGCUCUGUACAGCGUCCCAAGAAAUCCCGGCCAGAUCCCUGCUUUGUCUAGUUCUCCAGCUCAUAGCAGCAUGAUGGGAAUCAACUCCUAUGGGAGCCAGUUAGGAGUCAGCAUCUCAGAGUCAACACAGGGGAACAACCAAGGUUACAUUCGUAAUACAAGCAGCAUCUCCCCUCGAGGUUACUCUUCCAGUUCAACACCUCAGCAGUCUAAUUAUAGCGCUUCCAGUAAUAGCAUGAACGGUUACAGCAACGUCCCGAUGUCUAACCUGGGAGUUCCCAGCUCACCCGGAUUCAUUAAUGGCUCUCCAACAGGAUCUCCCUAUGGAAUAAUGUCUUCAAGUCCAACCGUUGGCUCUUCCAGCGCUUCUUCCAUCCUUCCAUUCUCCUCCUCCGUCUUUCCUGCUGUCAAACAGAAGAGUGCCUUUGCUCCUGUCAUCAGACCCCAAGGGUCUCCCUCCCCUGCCUGCUCUAGUGGCAAUGGAAAUGGGUUUAGAGAUGAUCGGAAAGGAAGCAAAUUGGAAGCUGCCGGAAUAUGGACUUGUCCACCGUACUAUUGGCCAGUUCAGGACAUUUCAAUAGGAAAAAAUGCAAGGAACGGCUGGCAACCCUCAGAAGCCAUGACUGGUCUUGUCGUUCCCCCGAUGUAAAAGAAGAGGAUAUUUUGCUCUUUUUGUUUCGUUUUUCAUUUUUCUUUUACAGCACAAAACUACUUAUUGUGAUGGACCACUAAAAAGAAAAAAAAAGAAGCACUACGAGCUCUUUUUUGGGGGAAAGCCACACCCAGAAAAAAAAGGAACAAUUGUUACAAAUUGGACAAGAUAGGAGUCUGGAUCUUUUACUUGUUCCAUGUUUCUUAUGUAGCCAUGUCAACUCCUAAAACAUUGCAAACAAAGAGUUAGCCAAGCCAGGCUGGACAGCAGUUGGCAUGAUGGGGUCAGAAACGCAAGGUCUUUUUUGAUGGACACGAAACCUUCCUAACGUUUGUAAAAUAUUAAAAAGAAAAAAUUGGCAAAUGAUUCAAGCUCGCUAUUUUGGAUACUAUUUGUUUUACUUUGUAGGGGAAAAAAAGUUGAAGUUUCUAUUUUCUAUGGAGUCUUUCAAAUACCAAUUUAGUUUAUGCAGAAAAACAAACAAACAACAAAACAGGGUACCAGCAUGGAAGAAUUUCUAGGACAAAUUGACAUGAAUGAUGGAACUUUGAUGUAUGUGUGUGUUUAUCUAUAGUUUAACCUCUUUAAAAAUGUAAGAUGUUUUACAAUUAUUUAAAUAAACUUGUAACUUAUUGUAUGUAGAGGUAGCAAUUAAGACCAUUUUUGGACUUUUUCCUCCGGUUGUACAAUGAAGAAAAAAUGAUGCAAAAAUGUAGUGACAACUUUAAGAGACGUACGAUUAUUGCUGCCGUAGGCCUUCACUUCUCUCCUUAGCCCCCUAUUGAACCAUGUGCAAGGAUGUAUAGGAUUCUUUCCAAUUAACGCAUCACAAAUUUUUACACACACUACUAUAUAUAUAUAUAUAUCAAUCAGUAGUUAAUGUAAGAAUUUUAUCCGCAGCUUUUUCCUCUCCAUCUUUUGCUUCAGUUAAAAUUUUAAGGUACUGGUAUAAGGUGGCUAGUUUCAAAGACCCUAUUGGCAAAUGAAUGGCUUCUAAGUGUUUGAACAAAUCAGAUUUUUUAGGUGAAAAUGAGUUUAUUUUUUGAAAUUCUCCUAUGAACAGGAGGGGGAUCGAAACGGUUCUCUCAUAGUUUUCCAUGAUACUAUGGCAGACGUACAAAAUACGAUUAUAUUUUAUAUUAAGGGUGCAUUCAUAAAGGGGUAUGUAACAGUAAUAAUUAAUAAUCCCCCCUAACUGUGAUACAGCACUUUUCAUCAGUAAGUCAGAAAAUGCUUCAAAGUCUUUAAUGUAGUUCAUUAAUUAGGAUCUUUGAGUAAAUGGCCAUUCAAUUGUUGUGGAAUCCACUGACCUUCUUUUUUUAACUAGAACUAGUUUUAAUCAAACAAUCCUUAGCAUUUUUAAUGAACACCACAAAUUUAUUUGGUUCAAAUUUUUUGGAAUUUCAAUGAAGAAACCAACUUGAUUCAUUUUCCAUGUUCUGUUUCCAAAUCACAAGGGGAAGGGAAACACACAUAAAUUAACAUUCGUUGGUUUCCUGAUGAAAACAGUCAUGAAAAUGGCCAUUUUGUGGAAGUGCUGCUUUUCACAGAAAAUUUUUUAAGCAGCUCUAAGCAUCCUUAAUGCACGCCGCUUAGGGUUGUGACAUUCCUGUAACAUUACUAAUUUAUUUUGCUAUUUAUAAAUGCAUCCUUAAGAUAACGUGACAGCCAAAAUUUGAUUUGCCCAUUCACCAAGGAGACUCAUCAUUAAUUUAUUCUGUGAUCAUUUCAGGUGAGCAAAGCAACAGUGGGCUGGGGUGGUAGGCAUUCUUGACACUUUGGUUGUGCUGAGCUAAUGUGUAUUUCUGUUUGGGGAGUGGAUUAAAAAUAGGCUAUAAAGCCUCAAAUCUAGCUCAGGUUAUUAGGAACUGAAAGCUACUGUGUGUCCUGACUUCAUAGAUCUUAGUCUAGUCUCUAGUGGACAGGUGUUUUAAUCUUGAACCGUCAUCGUAGGACCAUAUGCUUAAAAAAACAGACACCAGGGCAACUUUAUUCAUGUAAAUAAUUCCAGUGAAGUCAAUGGGAUAGAUUAGUUAUGGUCCCGAUCCUGCACUGUACUGCACCAGGGCUGAUCCACCAGGCGGUUCUAUCCUUAUAGAGUGUAGAGCAGUAUCAGGCGCGCAUGACAAAAUUUACUGAACGUGCCUAAGAGUUUGCAGGAUCUGGCUCUUACUUAGCACGCAGCUCGGCAGAGAGGCCAGGUAAACUCAAAUGAUCCCUGUGGGACAGAACUCGGAACCAGAAGAGGGAGAUGCUGGGGCUGUUUGAUAGAUGAUUUGUGAGGUGCCUUUUCACUGGCAUGAAAUCCACCUUGAAAAGGUUUUUUAUUUUCUUUUAAAAUCAACGCCCCCAUUUAAAGAGCAGCACAACUGGCAAUUAAAUGCACCCUCCAGGAGAGAAUAGGUCGGGCCUAUUUGGUGUUUAAGGAGC